UUCAUAGAUCCCACUUCACUCGAACUUAACUUCCAACGCCCUUGAGUGGGUGUCAUUACGUUUCAUAAAUCCCCCUUCACUCGAAACGCUCCCUCGCCUCGCACUUCACUCGGACUUUUCUCGAAAAAAUUCAAGUGAGCGGUGGCACCGCCCUUCAACUACACUCGAGCCUCCCUUCAUCGCAAAAGAUGGCGGGUUACCCGGGUUAUCGGAGUGAUGCCGCUCGCAGGAUCGCGUCUUUUGAGUUCGCUACUCGUGCGUGCGACCUUGUGUUCGGCGUUAUGUACCCGCUCGGUCCGUCGGUGCCGCGGCGUAAUCUAUCGGACCGCCUGAACCCGAUGGAGCUGUACAGUGACCGCCAGUUCCUCGCGAGAUAUCGCUUUACGAAGACGACGGUGAGGGAACUCCUGACGCUGCUGCCUCUCCAGCAAACCGGCGACAACCGAGGACUGCCGCUCACCCCCCUGCUCCAGUUGCUGGUCACCCUUCACUUUUACGGCGCCGGGACCUUCCAGAUGGUAGCGGGAGACCUGGUGCAUGUCUCCCAGCCGACUGUCUGCCGCACAGUGAGGACGGUGACGACGCUCAUCGCGAGGGUGCUCUUCCGAAGGCUGGUGCACUUCCCGGCUGCGUCGGAGUACCACGGCGUUAUGCGCGACUUCUACGCAAUGGGGCAGUUUCCUGGCGUCACGGGUUGCAUCGACUGCACCCACGUGCGCAUCAGAAGCCCCGGCAGAGAUGAUGCGGAAGUUUAUCGCAAUAGGAAAGGAGUCUUCUCCCUGAACGUCCAGGCCAUCACCGGCCCACAGCUACAGUUCUUUGAUGUUGUGGCAAGUUGGCCAGGAUCUGUGCACGACAGCCGCAUCUUUGAUGGCAGUCGUGCGCGUGCCCUUUACGAGGAGAGCAGAGUGCCCGGCGUCCUGCUGGGGGAUAUGGGCUAUGCCUGUCUCCCUUUCCUGAUGACGCCGCUCGCAAACCCUGGAGCGGCAAAUAGUCCCGGAGGGAGGUACAACAAGGCCCAGAUCCGAACGAGGAACUCCGUCGAGAGGGCCUUUGGGGUCUGGAAGAGACGAUUUCCCUGUUUGGAUAUGCGGCUCCAGCACAAGACUCGCCACUCAUGCAGCAUCAUCACCGCGUGUGCGGCUUUACAUAAUCUGGGACGUGCAAGAAAUGAGCCCCUACCUCCUCCUCCACCCCCGCCACCAAGUCCCAGGGCACGGAAUGCCAGAAGGCGGCGGCAGCCACACCUGCCACCGAUUCUCCCGGAGGACUCUCCUUCGGGUCUGCGUAUCCGGCAGAACAUCAUUCUGCUGAGCUUUACGUGAGCUGCACGUAGGCUCAAGAGGCCCAUCACACAGGCCAUGAAGCGCAGCUCUCUUGCUGAGUGCGUCGCGGUGGUCCUGUUCAAGGAAGUUGCAGCGCAGGGCAUGCUCCUGCUGGACAAAGGCCAUCCUCAUAUCGUUUUCCUCUGCGAGGCUCCUUUCCAGCAGCGCCAUACGUCCUCCGACCUGGCGGGCACCACUGCCCACAGCUGCUGCCGCACUACCACUGUUGCACGCUGCAGCAGCCGCAGGUGUAGGAGCUGGUGACCCUGCAGUAGAUGUCUGGCUAAUCAGGCAAGCUGCUGGGGCUGCUGCAGGUCUAUCAGCAAUGCAGGCAGCCGCUGGUGACAGUGGUGCACCGACGUCUGAGGCAGGCCCAGCUGGUGAACCGGGCUCCUCUGCAAUUGAAAGAACACGUAGAAGUUAUGAAGUGAACAAUGGGACAUACAUGAAGAGUAGAAAGGGUUUUUAUAAGUUUGAGAUUGUAUUUUUGUUUUUCAUGCAGUUGCAAUUUGAAGUAUUUGAUUUUUUUUUCUGCUGCUGAUCUAAUGUGUAACAAUGUUUUCAUCCAUUUUGAACCUGUGCCAUAAACUAGGCCACUAGAUCACUUAACCGUUUCCACCUUUUGGAGUGCUUGGUAUAGAUAUUUCUUGGCAGAAAUCAUGCUAUGAUUAUUUUAAUACCCUGUGCUGUUUGUUUCUUUGUCAGGGGAGUAUGGUCAUUGUUAGUCUGCAGUAGUUGCCAUGUACUGUUUUGAAGCUGUAUGGAACCCAGCCCUGCAAUGAUAUAUGUUACCUUGUACAUAAGUAAUGUACAUGCUGUUCGCACCAUUUGUUCAUUUUUACUAAAUUAUCUUGAAAUUGAAUGUUGUCAUGCACACUUUUUACUUUGUUAUUGACGACACAGUCAUCUGCAACAAGAUUAAUAUUAGAUGAGAUGGUUGCUGCAAGGUCAUUCAUGAUUAUUAAAAAACGUAGGGGUGCCAGUAUGUACUACUGAGGAACACCAGGUGAAACAUUUCUGAAGGCAGACUCAUUAUGAUCUAUAACCGUAUCCAUGCAUAUCCAUGAGAAGAUCAGUGGGUAAAGACGAAAAGGUACCAGUUUAGAAAGUACAGGUCAAGACAUGGAAACGGUUCAAGCAUUCUACCCAAGUCGGCAUCAAGAGGGUCCUCCUCGCCGUCCAGCAUCGGCUGCAGUAGUCGGAGAACUG